AUGUUUUCCCAAACCUUCCUUUUUUCCAACUCUUUUGCGGAUACAAAAACAGCAGCAACCGAUCCUUUGCGUACUUCAAAUGCGUACAAAGAAAUCGCGGAUGCACUGCGAAACGCCAGUAAACGGGUAAGAGAAGCAAAGAAAGCAGCGGAAGAUGCUUAUCUCGAUGCAGAUUCGAAAUCUGAAACUUCGAUGGUCAACGUGGCUCAAGCGGCCAAAAAUCAAAAUGUUACAAUUAAGCAACAAGCUGACGAGCUGAGUGUGGCAGACCUGGAAAAUGAGCGUCUGGAUGCGACG